GAGGGUUCUAUUUCUUUGCUUAGAAAGACGCUUUCUUAAACUUAAUGCCUCGUAAAAAGCCGUUUAGUUCAAAGCAGAAGAAACUUCAGUUGCAAGAAAAGCGUAGACGAAAGAAAAGGGAGGAUGAUAGUAGUGAUGAUAGUGAAGAAGCUCAUUCAGCCAGCAGAGAUACAUCUAGGUUAGAGGUCAACAAACAACCUGUAAAUAUUGGGAAUGAGAAAUACGACCCUAACAGAUACCGACUUCAUUUCUUCAAAGAAAGUAGAGAUGAAAUAAAUGCAAGAAAAUUGCGGGCAAAGAAGGAACCAAUCAAACCUAAGAAAGAGACAGAUUUGGAAGUUGAUUUUGAGAGUGUGUACAGACCAGGAUCUGUUUUGGAUAUUCCUAAGAGACCGCCAUGGGAUUACUCCAUGUCAAAAGGACAGCUAGAGGCCAGGGAAGAGAAAUAUUUCCAGAAAUAUAUCAGUGGAAUCAUGGAAGAACACUCCCCUAAAGAGCUGAGUUAUUUUGAGAUGAACUUGGAGACAUGGCGACAACUCUGGAGGGUGCUGGAGAUCUCCGACGUCGUUCUCCUUAUUGUAGAUGUCAGAACUCCGGUCUUACAUUUCUCACCUGCAUUAUACAGUUAUGUGACAGAAACUCUGAGAAAGUCUAUGAUACUGGUUAUCAAUAAGAUAGACCUUGCACCAAGGGCAUUGACUGUGGCUUGGAAACACUAUCUCAAGUCAAAGUUCCCAGAACUCAGAAUUGUCCUUUUUAGUUCUAACCCCUCAGAAGCAGCUUUUGCUAAAGGUGGUGAGCUUCAGCAACAAAGGAGAGUUUUUAAAAGGGGAAAAAUCAACAGAUAUACAGACUCCGUAGGACCACUGCAACUACUUAGAGUUUGUCAAGAAAUUGUUGGAAAUAAAGUUGACAUGUCAAGCUGGGAGGAGAAAAUUCAUGCAGACAUAUGCCAAGAAGAGGAAAUUGUAGAUGAGUCCCCUCCUUCAGAGGAAAAGGAGGGUCAUGAGAUGUUUAAGGGGGGUGUUCUAACCAUUGGUUGUGUAGGAUAUCCUAAUGUCGGAAAAUCCUCUCUUUUGAAUGGAUUGGUGGGCAGGAAGGUUGUGAGUGUUUCCAAGACCCCAGGCCACACCAAACAUUUCCAGACAAUCCUCCUAACACCUACGGUCAAGCUCUGUGACUGUCCAGGUCUAGUCUUUCCCUCUCUUGUAGACAAAUCACUACAGAUAAUUGCAGGAAUUUUUCCAAUUGCUCAAGUUAGGGAGCCAUAUUCUGUGAUUGGAUUUCUGGGAGAAAGAAUUAAUUUGCCCAAGCUGCUGAAGUUGAAGCAUCCAGAUAUUGAUGAAGGAGAUGAUUGGACUGCAUUUGAUAUUUGUGAAGCUUGGGCCCUAAAGAAAGGUUUUUUGACAGCCAAGGCAGCACGACCAGAUGCCUACAGGGCUGCCAAUCAUCUCUUACGGAUGGCUCUGGUGGGCAGAAUCUGCCUUUGUUUGAGGCCUCCAGGCUACACUGCUGAGGAGGAAUUAUGGAUCCACCACCAGGAAACUAAACAGUUGUCUGAGGAACUAAGUAAAUUUGAGGACAGGGAUGAAGAUGAAAGUGAAGGGGAGAGCACUGAUGAAGAAAUACAGCAAGCUGAAGUUUUUGAGAAGGGAGAUAACUCUUCAGAGAGUGAGAAGGAAUCUGAGGAGGGGGACCUUAUGUCAGGGACAAACCCCUUUGCUGCAUUGGCAGGGGAUAACUAGUCAUUGAUUUACUCAUUCUAUUUAUAAUUAGUAAGUGUGCAUUACAUGUAUUCAAAUCAGGCUUCCAGUCUAUUGAAUAGUUUGGUUUUAUUUUGAAACAUGAUUGCAAAUACCUUUAUUCUAUGCAAUGUAUGUAAAACAUUUAAGUUUAUUGUUG